AUGAGUAGCCAACCAGCGCAACAGACAGAGGCCUCAUCGGCCCGAGAACCGGACCCAGAUGCCAUCAAAAUGUUCGUCGGCCAGAUUCCACGCUCGUGGGGCGAGGCCGAGUGCCGAGAGUUGUUCGAGCAGUUUGGCUCCGUUUGCCAGCUCAAUGUGCUUCGCGAUAAAGUAACUCAAACCAGCCGAGGAUGUUGUUUUGUUACUUACUAUAAAAGGGCUGAUGCGAUAGCGGCUCAGGCUGCGCUUCACAAUAUCCGUGUGCUGCCGCAGAUGUACCAUCCCGUGCAAAUGAAACCUGCUGACAUGGAAAACAGAAAUGAAAGAAAGUUAUUCGUUGGUAUGUUGAAUAAGAAACUGACGGAAGACGAUGUUCGUGCAAUGUUUGCGUCAUUUGGGCACAUUGAAGAUUGUACCGUUCUGAAGGAUGCUGAGGGCAAAAGUCGAGGUAUAGGCAUCCGUGUUUUACGAAGCUGA